UGUCAUUGAAAGUUUGAAAAUAAAGCGCUUUUUGUUUAGACGUGAUUUUUUUGCAAGUGGUUGAUGUGAGAUUUGAAUGUUAUUUAAUUUAUAAUUAACUCAAAUUAAAAUAAGUUGAUAAAAGUGGAGAAUAGACAAAAUGUCGUGUAGUAAAGAAGAAAUUGAGAGAAAACGUUUAGCAGCAAUACAAAAGAGACAAACGAAAUUAUCUUCACCGAAUAGCCCUCUGGGAAAUAUUUCUAUAUCGAAUACUACUCAGGGUAGUCCUUCUUUUACUGCCCAAAAUAUAAACGGUCGUAAACUUUACCAUCCAUACAAAAAACCAGAAAUAAAUGAAUCGGAAAAUAUUCCUGUGACUAAGGUUGUUAGUGGAACAAUAUACUUGAUAUCGGAGAGUAGAUUCGAAGUAAAUCCAUCAGAAUUCUGUGUUCCACUUAUUAAUAUUUUCAAAUCUAUAUCAUCUAAAUGCUAUGAUGCUAAUACAAAGUUGUGGAAUUUCUCAAUAGAGGAUUAUGAACAGCUGAUGUCCAAAGUAGCUCCAUUGGCACCGCAUGUUGUUCUUGGUGCAUUACCUGCUUACGUUCUAAAGGUUGUAAGAGAGAAUAUAACAGAUCCUAAUAAUAUAGAUCUGACACCUGUGGAGGCAACAUUAAGAAACAAGCUAAUGCCAUUUCAAGAAGAUGGUGUCAGGUUUGGUAUAGCACAUCGUGGUAGAUGUAUGAUAGCAGAUGACAUGGGCCUCGGAAAGACAUUCCAGGCUUUAGCCAUAGCAAGCUACUACAAACAUAAUUGGCCACUACUUAUUGUCACUACUUCAUCUAUGAGGGAUACAUGGCAAAACAAAGUAUACGAGCUCCUUCCCUCAGUGCCGCUCAUGAACAUUGUCACACUUAGCAGCGGGAAGGACACACAGCUUGUUGCUGACAAACAGACAGAAGUAGUAAUAGUGAGCUAUAAAAUAACAAGUAUGCACACAGACUUGCUCAAGAGUAAAAAUUUUGGAGUAGUUAUACUUGACGAGUCUCAUCAUUUGAAGUCGAACAAGUCUCAGUGUACAACAGCAUUAGUCCGCGUGUGUCGCGGCGCUGCCCGGGUGCUGCUGCUGAGCGGUACGCCUGCACUCAGCCGCCCCGUUGAACUUUACACACAACUCUUGCUUAUUGACAACAAAUUCUUCGGCUCAUAUACUGAAUAUGGUAAGAGGUACUGUGCGGGCAGACAGACUAACUUCGGCUGGGACAUGUCCGGUCAGUCCAACCUCGCCGAGCUGCAGAUUUUGCUGCAGAAGAAGUUUCUUAUCAGAAGAACUAAGGAACAAGUUUUAACCACUCUCGAAAGUAAGACCAGAGAGACGGUAUUACUGGACGAGUCAUUACUUCAGUUCAGCAAAGAGGAUCAGAAAGAGUUGUCAGAGAUGGCGGACACGUGGCGAGCAAGUCGGCCCUCGGAUAAACACUCUGCCCUCAUCUCUUACUUCACGGAGUCUGCCAGGGUCAAGACACCAGCUAUAUGUAAAUAUAUAAAGCAGGUGAUAAAAGAGGAAGGCGUGGGUAAGUUUCUGGUGUUUGCUCAUCACCGCAGCGUGGUGCAGGCUGUCUGUGCUGCACUGGACCAGCUCAACACCAGGUACAUCUGCAUCGAUGGACACACGCCGUCCACCUCCAGAGCGGAGUUGGUGGAGAGGUUCCAGCACGUGGCGGCGUGUCGCUGCGCCGUGCUGUCGCUGACUGCAGCAGGCGCGGGCAUCACCCUCACUGCAGCCAACCUCGUACUCUUUGCUGAACUGCACUGGAACCCUGGAAUGCUGAUGCAGGCGGAGUCUCGCGCACAUCGUAUCGGAUGCUGCGGCGAGGUGCGCGUGCGCUACUUGUUGGCGAACAACACAGCUGAUGACUUCAUCUGGCCAAUGUUACAGAACAAAUUAGAUGUACUUAAUAACGUGGGACUAAGCGGUGAUACAUUUAAAGACACCACAAUAACACAUCAGGGAAAUAAUAAUAUAACGCAAUAUUUAACACCGAAUUACACAAAGAACAAGAACGAUUUUAUCCCGGGAACAAAUAUAAGGAAGAAUUCAAUACAACAAUGUGAUAUGCCACAGAAUGGUAAAUCUGCAACUGAAUGUACUAAAAACGAAGAAUCUUUCUUAGAACAUGAUCAAGAUGAUGAUUUAUUGGCGAAUUUGGAAUUAUAACCAACUGUUAUUUAUUUAUUUCGUCUAUUUAUUAAAAUAUAUUUUGAUUUAUUAAGUUAUUUACUAUCCCCAUACAAUAACAGUAGAUGUUUUAUGAAGUUUUGUUUGUUAAUCUUACAUUUCCUAACGUAAACAUGUCGGUACAAGUCGCGGCUGCUGAAUGACGUCAUUAAUCUUAGGUCACAUGUUUUUGUAUGUGAAUAGUAUUUAUGUAUGUAUUUUUCUAAUUUAUUCCCAACUAGCUGUAUCCCCAGACUCCGAUUGUACGGAAUCAAAAAAAAAACUUAGUA